AUGGUGUCCCACGCGCUGAAGGACCGAUCCGGCUCCGGCGGGCCGAGCGUCGCCUUCGCGUGCGGCGUGUGGAACGACCGGACGCGCCCUCUGAAGCCGGCGUACCGCGAGGCCGUCGUCGGCACGUACAUGGCGGAGGGGCGCGCGGCCGACUUCCACGAGAACGCGGGGGAGGCUGCGGAGCAGAUCAACGCCUGGGUCGCGGAGGUCACGAGGAGCCUCAUCGACAACAUCGUCUCCGCCAAGUCCUUUGACACCGACACUCACGCCGUGCUCGCCAACGCCAUAUACUUCAGAGGGAGGUGGGACCUGCCGUUCUACGAGCGGAGCACGACGGACAGGCCGUUCCACCUGCUCGACGGCGCCACGGUCGACGCGCCCUUCAUGUACAACUCGGACCGCCACUUCAUCGCCGUGUACGACGGGUUCAAGGUGCUCAAGCUGCAGUACAAGAUGCAGCAACAACAAAGAGACCCUUGGUCGUCGACGGCCAGCUUGAAGAAAGACCCGCAGUACUCCAUGUGCAUCUUCCUACCGGACGCGUACGACGGCUUGCGCACCCUCCUCGACGAGAUAACGUCCCGGCCAGGGUUCGUGCACGACCACCUGCCGUCUAGCAAGGUCAAGGUUUGCCAUUUCGGGGUUCCCAAGUUCAAGCUUGAGUUCCUCAGCAACGUCACCCAAAUUCUCAAAGACUUGGGACUUGUGCUGCCGUUCUGCAUGGGUGCCGACCUGUCCGACAUGAUGGAGGCCGACCGCAGCGGUUUGCCCUUGGUGGUGCAAGACGUCUUCCACAAGGCUGUUGUUGAGGUCAACGAGGAAGGCACCGUAGCUGCGGCAGUCACCAUCAUGCGGAUCGCUCCUGGAUGUGCGCCCGGGAUGAUGGGGGAGCCGACGGUGGAUUUUGUCGCCGACCAUCCGUUUGCGUAUUUCAUUGUCGAAGAGACUUCGGGGGCGAUCCUCUUUGCAGGGCAUGUCGUGGAUCCUACCGAUGGCAAAGCCCCUGUGCGGACAGGACAGCCUGUUGCGGCCACGGCUAGAGGAUUCGAGUUGCCGCUCAUGAUCAGACAUCCUCUGACGAGGAAUGCUAGCUCCACUGGCCUGGGAACCCUCGCUGCCGGACUCGCGAACCGCCUCGCCGAGGAGAGGACAGACAAGAACAUGAUAUGCAAUUUUGUCCCCACCCGCACCCAGCCGCCGCCUCUCUCCCCACCCGACCCCUCCCUACAGGGUGCUAAAGGCAGGGGCGGUGGUGGUGCGCCCAUGGACUCCACUUCGCGCGGAGGCGGGGUCUUUCAGGGGCGGCGACGGUGGACGUUGGGUCUGCUGCUGGUGGCCUUCGGCUACAUCACUUGGCUCAUGGCGGGGGACGCGGUGGUGGUGCACCCAUGGACUCCACUUCGCGCGGAGGCGGGGUCUUUCAGGGGCGCCGACGGUGGACGUGUGAAGCAGAGAAUAUCAUGA